GUCCAACAGGCUCCAUUUUCGACGACGCAUACUUUGCUUCAUUCUCACAGCAUCUACAUCCACGGCUCGGAUACUGCAAUCAGCUCUCAGAUUACACACCCAUAGCUCACGAAAACCUAAAAGCAACUCCCAAGAUGCUCGCUCACGCCCUCGUCGCUCUGCUCACUGCCGCUACUUUGACGAAUGCUUCGGCUAUCAAACUUCGCAAAGAGGUGGACGUGAUCCCUCGUUGGGCUGCUGAUUCUCCUUCUGGAACUGUCACGGUCACGGUCACUGAGCCCUGCUCCAUCGCUGGCGUGACCACUGCCCCUGCCCCAGCUACCACACCAACUGUUGAGGCUCCACCCCAAGCUGGCACCACUGCUCCAGCUUCCGCCCCUGCCACGCACUUCGAGCCUCCCCCAGUGGCUGCUUCCAUUCCAGUUUCUGCAGUUCCACCUGCUGGCACUGAGGUUCCUACUGCUUCAGGCAGUGGCGCUGGCAGCGCUCCCUCUCCCGUGUCUUCCACCGCAGCUGCUAGCAGCUCCGCUCCGGCCCCUUCCAAUGUCAGCUCUGUUCAGACCACGACAUCCAGCCAUGUCGUCGGCACCCCAACUGGUAGCGCACACCCGUCCACUACCACCAGCUCUGCAACCACCCCUACUGCUACCAACGCUGGUGCCGCCAACGGCAUGGCCGGACUCGCAAUUGCAGUUAUGGCGGCUAACAUCGUCUUUGGCGUUGCUUGAGCUUUCUCUCAUCUUGACCUCCUACAUAUUCAUGAACUCUUUUUGCUGUACAUUGAUGCCUUUGCUCCCUCAUGUACGAUGUGGCUUCCUACAGGCAAUGAUGGAGUCACGAUUUGCAUUGGGUGAGAUCUGGCAUAAAAGGAGCAGCAAAAUGUGUGAAGCAUUUCAUCAUCACUCUACCAUGAGCAUUUUUUACAUAUUAAUCAAAGCGUGGUCACUAUGUUCUCACGGACAACAUUUGUGACUCUGUGAUUCAUGGCGAUGCAAAGAACGAGAAGAAAAAAAAAGAAAAAGAAAAAGAAAAAAAAA